UUUUCAGUGAAUAUCGGAAUGCAACCUAUGCGCGUUUCGGCUGUGUUGAAUUUCAUUGGGGACGCUUGUAAUAUAUGAUCUGCAUGAACGUGAAUCUGCGCGAAUCCGCAUUUUAUUGCUGAUAGCGUUUUCGAGUGCAGCAGUGGGUUAAUGACGUCACAUGCUCUACUUUGGGUUUUAAUUGGACGGCACGUAACAUCAUUAACUCACUUUGGAUCGAAUUCAAAACUACUACUGUAGUCGAAAAUGCUGUGAGCAUCACUAUUGGUUAUACUACAGUACUACAGAUACUCUCUCGCUCUCAUCAACUCGAUCCCUUGAUUUUAGUCGCGUCUAAGGCGCGACUAUUCAGAUAUACAAGAUCUAUGACUGAAAUAUUGGCAACACUGGCAUAAAAUGAAAGAGACGCUAAUCUUUUCGUAGCGGCAGUUCGUUCCUACUUCAUACGAAUUUGUUUAAUUAAUGUUAUUCGGUUAAUUUUAUUACAAGAAUUAACACGUAUGUAAUGUAGAUAAUAUCGAUUGGGAGUUAUGUUAUUAUCGACAAAUGUACAACAAACGUCUUGAUUUAUUUCAUGCGACGUGACAAUUGUAAAACAUUGUUUACGAUGAUGACAACUGACCGUAUUGACGCUUCUCUGCCGUUCUUUUUGAAAGAGGAACAGAAUAUCUGCAAUAACGGCAACGACAGUGAUGUUAGCUCGGAUAAUAUCAGCGACUUGUCCGUGCUUCUGCCAUCGCUUUCUAAUAAUAAUUGUGUCCUAGUCGACGAAUCCAAUAAUGACUUUUUACGUCUCACUACAACGGUCCGUACCGUAUAUUUGUCCUAUCUUCAUAAAUGCUUACUUAGUAAUUAUACAACUUGUUGCAAACAAAAUGACAGUGAUACAUCGAGUAUUAAAGUGAAAAAAUGCGCAGACCAAAUGGAACUGAGUGCUGUCCAAUUGGCACUGGAGGCUAGCUUAUAUAGACAAAAUAUGUUGAGAAUGAUUGCAGAUGUAAAAUCACAUACAAUUCAAAAGAAAGCGUAUAAAAAAUUAGUAAUAUAUUUAGAAACACUCAAAGAUAAAAUUGACAUUGCUAUACAAACAGAUGAUACUUGGAUGAAUUUGGAAGGAGUAACUACACAAAACGUGUCUAUUAUAUCCAAUUGUGACAAAACGUCGCAAAUAGCAUUAUCCACUGUGAAUUCUAACAAUAUUUGUAAAGGUAAAAGUAUUAAAGAGGAUCUUGAUAAUGAAACAGAUAUGCGAAUAUCACAAAUCAGUACUGUAACGGCAGAAUUUAACAACGCUAGUCAAAGGUUUAAGGAUCAGAUCGAUUUCAAUACAACGGAUGAUGCACUUAUGAGAAAUGAAGAUGAUAAUUCACAAGAUUCCUUGUUACAGCAUAUGCAAGAUAUGUUUUGCGAAAGUGACGAUAGCAGCGAUCUUACAAGAUUAAUUGAAAAACAUUCUGGUAUUACUAAAGCAAAUAUCGAUAAAGAAAUUAACAAGAUAUGUUUGGAAGCCGACAUUGUCGCGGAUUCAAAUAUUUUCGGUAUUCCACUAAAUAAUAUACUCGAAUCUAAUGUAACGAAUCUAAGUACGAGUGAAGGAAGAAUUAGUUUUAGUCGUUACAAGGAAAUGCAAAGUAGAAAAGUCAUUACAUCAAGAGGAACUAACGCAAAUGAAACUAUUGAAAAUAAGCAAAAACAAAAGAGAAAUGCUAUCUGGUUUGUGGAACGUGUGCAUCAAGUUUCAAAAUUGAAAGCUAAAAUGACCGAGUUGUCCUUAAUGAAUUAUCGAAGGCACGGAAAAAUAAAGAAAAAAUUUCUUCAUUUAUUUGGAGAUUCCGAAGAAGAAGAAAUGAUGCCAGAUUCACCAAUCUGCAUAGAGGACCACUUACCAGCUUGUAAAGAAAGAAUAGCACCUUGGAUUGUGAAAUAUCUAAUGCCAUUUUACAAAAAAGGAAUUAAAGACCGUCAACUUUUCAAAGCUGUCGCAAAGUACAUCGCAGAUAUGCUCAUUAUAGAGAACACCUUUCCAGAACAAGAGUGUGUAAGCAAGUACAUAGAAAAUUACUUUAAAAACAAGAGAUUUAUUAAGAGUAAACAGGAUAUAUACCUUUAAAAAGAAUUGAUGGUAUUAUCAAUUCUAUCAUGCAAUACAAAUCAGUGAAAUAUAAAGAUUAAUUAUAUUCCGAUAUAUUUUCUUUUUGCACAUCUUGGACUUUUUAUUUACACAUCACAUGAUAAAGUUAUGUAUGCUACAAUUUUCAGAAAUAAAACAUAAAUUCUAUAAAA